CCAGCGCGGUUGCCAUGGCGACCGACGAGGUGCCGCGACUGGUGGACGAGCUGCCCGCACCCUGCAAGGCCGUGACCGGUGACGUCACCCUGGGCGACCAGUGCCUCGUGCUGCGCCACCCCGACCAGCAGGGGCUACUGGCCGACCUGCGGAAGCUCGCGGAAUCCGCGGCCGGCGAGCGCAGGCCCUCUGAGGGCUACGACAGUUCUUCCGGGAUCUGCGAGUUCGAUCUGGAGCCGGUCCCCAGGAAGGACUCCCUGGACAGCUGCUUCUCGUCCUACAACUCCGGUGACCUGGCCGACGUUUCUAGGAAGCUCGCGUUCGGAUUCGACACGGCUGGCGUGACGUGUACUGUCGAAUGCGAGGAGAGCCUGGAACAGCGGUACGAGGCAGUCGAGAGCUGCAGUGUCGCGGAAUAUUCCGAGUCCGAGAGUGACAGCAGUAGCGAAGAUGGCGAAGAAAAUCUCGAGUGGCCGCUGGCUGGAGACAGAGAUGACGGCCACGUCACCGACGGUGAGGAGCAGCCGGCAGACGAAGUGAUACAAUCGUUGUCCUCCCUGCUGCACAGAGAGACUACCCAGAAGUUCGAGAGUCUCACCGUGACCGACUCGGAGGCCGUGCACGUGGGCAACGUGACGUACAUCUUGGGCGAGGUCAACGUGAAGCAGGUGGUGCAGGAGACUUCUCUCAAGCAGCAGGUGUUCGUGUCGCAGGGGAGGGGAGGGAAGGGCCCUUCGCUGCCGCCCAGUGCACUGCGGAUCAUCAGCAGGAAGGAGUGGCUGGCGCAGCCGCCCUUGCAGCCUGCCGUACCGGUCACGCCGCCUCUCAACCUCGUCGUCAUCAAUCACACGGCCACGGAGGCAUCCACGAAGAUGAUGACGAACAUGAUGCUGUGCCGGCGCAUCCAGCUGAUGCACGUGGAGGGUAACGAGUGGUGGGACAUCGGCUACAACUACCUGGUGGGCAUGGACGGCUACAUAUACGAGGGCCGCGGCUGGGGCCUGGUGGGUGCGCACACGUACGGCUACAACUCGCGCAGCUUGGGCGUUGCCUUCAUCGGCUGCUUCAUGCAGCACGUGCCCACCCCGGAGGCCGUCGCCGCCUUCCACCAGCUGGUGGAGCUGGGCGUGCGAGAGGGGCACCUCACCCCAGACUGCCGCGUCAUGGGCAACUGCCAGUGCACACCCAACGAGAGCCCGGGCAGAGCCUUCUACGAGCUCAUGAAGACGUGGCCGCGCUGGGCCGAAACGCCCCCGCCGCCUCCGUGGGACUCUGCCACGAAACAACCUGGCCGUGUAGGUACGGCUUCUGAAAGAAUGAAUGACAGCUCACACGUGGAAAGGGAGUGCACUGCAGAGAAAUCGAAUGCCUCCGCGGAUUCCCAUGUAGGAAAUAAUGGAACAUUCAGUCCUCUGACACCUCACUACGAAUUCCACCUGCCGAAGACUGUCGACAAGCCUGGAGGCAGCGGGGAUUGCUCUGGUGAACAGAGAGCCGUGCUACGCGCAGAAGCCGUCGCCAGCAGUCUGCAGGUGACGACUAGCCCGACGGUGAGCGGACAGCGUGUGGCGGUGGCGAUGCGACAGGGAGGCGGCCAUGUUGCAGAGUCCAGCGGAGGCCACGGAGAGACACUGACGGAGCGGUCCAGCGAGAGUUACGAGGUGGUGAGCGUGUCCAGCUCCAGAAACGUGCACCUGGGCGGCGUCAACUACGUGCUGGGCCCGCUCAGCGUCAACCACGUGCUGCAGCGCUCCAGCGUCGAGAGGAGCAUCAGCGUCACCAAGCCGGACCAAGACAGCGAGCUGUGUCUGGUGCAACGCGAGGAGUGGGGAGCGCACCCGACAAAGGAAGAACACACGCCUCUGCCCGAGCUCAUCUCCAGAGUGAUUAUCUGUCACACGGAGACCAGCUGCGGUGCGUCGCUGGAGCAGGAAGUCAGCCACGUGCAGCAGCUGCAGGUGCACGCGCUACACAGCGACUUGCUGCAGGACAUCCGCUACAACUUCCUUGUGGGCGCCAGUGGCUACGUCUUCGAGGGUCGCGGCUGGCAGGUCAGGCCGGCCGUAGCGCGCGGCUACGACGACACCAGUCUGGGGGUCGCCUUCAUCGGAAACUUCAAGACGCAGCCCCCGACCCCGGAGGCCGUGGAGGCCUUCCACCAGCUGAUGGCUCUGGGGGAGCGCGAGGGCCACCUGAGCGCGGACUGGCGCGCGAUGGCUCAGUGCCAGGUGGUCACCACGGACAGCCCGGGCCGCGCGCUCUACCAGCUGCUCAAGGGCUGGCCGCGCUGGGCCGGGCCCUCGCCGUCUGAAACAGCAGGUCUGCAAGACUUGUAUGUGGUGUCGCGAGAUCAGUGGCUGGCAAGUCCCCCGGCAGAACCAAUCCCGAAGCUGGAGUAUCCUGUUCGGGUGGUUGUCAUCUGCCACACGGGGACGAAGGAGCCUUCGAGCGUGGAGGGUGAACGUCGUCAGGUGCGCAGUCUACAGGACUUUGAGGUGCAGUGUCGUGGUCUGGCGGACCUGCCGUUCCACUUCGUGGUGGCACCGUCUGGCACCGUGUACGAGGGACGCGGUUGGGAGCUGGCGGCAGACCUCAGCCUGGGGCUCGGUGGAGAUCUGGAGCCAGACCUGGAACUGGACGCUCCAGACGAUGGCAGUGGCCGCCGCUGCCUGGCCGUGGCGCUGCUGGGCACCUUCUGCAGACGCCUGCCGGCGCCGCCAGCGCUGGACGCACUGCCCUAUCUGCUGGCCGAGGCGGAACGCAGAGGGGUGUUGACGCGGGACUACCGCGUCGUGGGCCACUGCCAGCUCGCGCCCACAAACAGUCCGGGCGGCGCGCUCUUCUCGCUCCUCAAGACGUGGCCGCGCUGGACCGAUCGGCCGUUUGACGACGGGGAUCACGGCGCUGAUGAAAGCGACAGUGCUCCGGGACGCUGACUGGCAGAAUUGAGACCCAGUCCGCUGAGUGUCAGAAUUGUGAUCCAAGGGCGGCACUCUCAUUCUUCCAGAAGGGGAAGUUACGCACCUCUGUAAAGAGCUGCACUCUUGCCAGGAAAAUUGUGAUAUUUUACUGGUAGAGCCCCAUUCGAGAACAGGAGUGUUUCAAAUCACAGACUGCUCUGUCAACAGUAGUACGAAAGAUAGUCCAGUUGGUGGACUAAGCUUUUAGAAGUAAAUUAUUACAGUCAGAGUCUGGAGCACAACAGAACUGCAGUUCACAAAUCGGUAAUCUUCGUACACCUAAUCACUGGCCACAGCCUUUUGUGUAUGUUCUCAUGAACUAGAAUCUCUUCUACGCUCAUCAGCAGAAAACCACCGAGUCCAGAAGAUGGAACAUUCAUUCACAACUGAUUGGUGCAUCUCUAUUGCUGUUAGUGCCCUAAACAAUCUAAGAGCAUUAUAAAAAACUACGAAUCCUCAAAUCCAAGAAAAACGCUUAAUCAGAAAUAUACGAAUCCUAUUCUAUGAAAAUAAAAAAAAAAAACUUGAAUAAA